GCGAAAUUCUUGCUGUGAGUGUAUAGUGUAUAUCGAUCAAUAAUUUGUCGUUUAAAUGGUAAGCCUCGAUUAGCAAGCCCAAGUGGCCCACGGCAUCACUGCUGGCAAAGUUUCGGCGAAACGAGCGAGCGCGUGCAAGAGCACAAGAGUGUUUGUUGCGCAAGAAGUAAUUGCCAAGCUAAAACGAAAUCAGCGACUACGAUUCGGAACUGUACGAAUGACAGCCGUGAAAGAGAAGCACUUUCGCUAGAUCUCGCUUAAUUUUUAUACGUAUGCGUGGUUUCGACUUUCGAUAGCAUUCCGCAUAGUUUAACUGUUAAAACAAGUUAAAUACAAACUCUUACUGCUUAAUUAAUGAAGCCAGGUCUUAUAUGUAGUUACAAUAGUGAGAUUAAAUCGAAUGUUCAUGCCAAUUUAUUUGAAUCGUAACAAGUGCCAACGUUAUGAGGACUACCUGAUUCUUAUCUCGACGAUGCUUAAAAAUAUGAUAUUUCAUUUUCUUACAGGUGGAUAGGAAUGAAAUAAUAGUCAUGCCUCAUGGCUGGAGGUAGUAGCAGGAGGACCAAACAACAUGGAAAACUAAUUCAAGCGACGUUAAGUUUGUCAUCUAAUUGUUAUUAUCAUUCUCAUUGUAAAUGUAAAACAGUAGGAGAUAUAAGUACCGAUCAGGAGGAAAAAGAAUUUAAAGAUCUUUAUCAACGACAUAUUAAUUUAUUACGUCAGGACAUUAACAGAAUAUUUAGCGAAUCUCUACACUGCGACUUGAAAGUUAUAUAUGGAUAUAAAGUAAUAGAAACCAAUCAAUGCAUUAUUAGGAUUAGAUCACCAUUGUUUUACGACAUCCUUAGACCACAUUUUUUAUAUAAAAAUAAAACUGCACAUUAUUAUGUUAAACAACUCAGACUUUUUUGUCAAAUUAAACAUUUCAUAAGGCUUUUGUAUACUAAUUUGGAUAUUUCAGACUACGAACAAUUUUUCAUCAAAAUUAUAUUAAAUAAUUCUUCGUUACUUUCAAAAAAUACUCACGAGAUACCGCUAAGAGAAUCGAAUUGUAGUCAAGACAUUAAUUACUACAUGAAUCAUUAUCCUCUUGGAAAUGUGUCAACGACAGAUGUGAAUGACAACAGUCCAGUAUCAUCAGAUAUGGCUGACUCUGGAUUAGAAACAGGAUCGAUGAUAAGUCCUCAAGAAACUAUUUCUGAAAAUUCAAGUACUGAUUUGGAUGAGCCAAAUGAAUCGUCAAUUUUAAAAAGAAAUAAUGGAAAAUCCAUAUCUUACGAAAAGACAAAUAUUUCAACCGAACAUAAUUUUUUUGAACGAGAAGCCUCUCCAAGACAUAUCAGCAAAAUAAAAGAUGAAAUAUCAGAGUAUGAAAAUCUUGUAUUAAGUGACCCAUUUUAUGAAUUGAAUGGCGAAAGUGAUGAGGAUACCAAUGACCAAGUCAAAUUAUACGUUCCCACAUCAUCGUUUGGAUUUAAUGAAGCAAACAAUUUAUUAUGUAGUAAUAAUAGUAAAAAAAAUGAUGAUAAACUGUUAAGAGAAGAGAAGAUCACUCAAAAUGGAAAAAAUUCAAAUAUUCUUAUCGAGAAACAACAUAUUGACAUACACAGUUCUUCAGGAAGUAGCAACUAUUAUUUUAUCGACGCCUCAACAUUGAAUGACGAUAUAGAUGUAACUUCAAAGAACGUCGUUGGAUACUCAAAUGACAUUAACGAACGAUUAAUCUGGUCUAAUCCACAGCCACCUAGCAGCUGUUACAUUCCUACGUCUAAAUCAAAUAAUCUAUUUCAUAAUGAUUCAUUGAAGCUUCCUAAUCAAAAGGCAAACGUACAGUGUCAAUAUAACGAGGCAAAAGAGUUUAAGCAAAAUGUCAAGCUCACCGAAUGUCUCGAGCCAUUCGGAGAAUAUCGAAAAACUAAGAAAAUGGAUUCACUUGUUAUACAAGACGAUGUGAAUAAUUACAAAAGUGCUAAUAAGGAAUCUCUAACGGUAGAAGUGAAGGAAGCCGAUAGUGGAGAAAGUACACAGCAUUCACCAUGUCCAGAUAAUACAAAAGUCGAUGGCAUACGAAAAAUGAACAAUAACAUGGCCGAUAUCGAUUUCGAGUGUCAAGAGAAUCCUCAAGAAAAGCAACAGCAUGAGAAACAACACGAUGAACAAUUUGAAAAACAAGAGGAACAACCAGAUGAAGAGCAAGAUGAGAAAAUAGAUAGGAGAGCUUCGCUCAUUAGAAGAAAUACGUUUGAGCUCGAUGCAAAUGACGAAAAGUUAUCGAGUCUUAGGCAAGAGUACGAAAGACGUCAGGGUAAUCUUGUUUUUCAGAAUUCAAUUACUCAAUAUUCUCAACAUCUUAUAGAUGACAAUCCUUAUUUGGAUAGCGCGGCUCAAUCUGAUUCAAUGACUAUUAACGAUUUACCUCCUGAUACAGAUUCAAAAGGUCCUCCUACCACUUCUUUUAACGUUAUUUUAGAUAAAUACAAACUCGACGCAUCGGAAAAGGAAAGCGAUGCUGAUAGAUUAUUGUCAGACGUUGAUAUAGAAAAGGACGUUAAUUGUUUAUCUAGGAGCACGAGCGAUAAAUUAUUGGAUAAUUUUGCAAACGACCUUGAGAUACCUUUCAAUAGUUUGCCUCUUAAUGUCAACGAUGAUUUAAGUCUAAGCAGAGAUAUUCCGAAACUUAGACGUAACGAGGUCGUGCCUAUAUUAUCCGGUGGAGCGAUUUGCACGAAUCAAGAAAAGCCUACAAACAGUCCAGUUAUCAGGCGUAAAACCGAAGUGACUCCGAUAGUAUCCGGGGGUUUUGUCAACAACCUCGAGACUCCGGUAAAAGAGAAGUCGCAAUCAAGAAAGGCCAAUAGGACGUUGACGACUGCUUGGGUCGUAGAUAUGAGCGACUGUCGUAACAACAGCAUUGACAAGCCUUCGAUUUCGAAAAGAAGCCGAGAAUUACAAACGGGCAUGUCCUCGAGUUUCUCCACGUCCAGUCUUAAUCCCGACAAAGACAAGGAAAAGGAUAAGGAAAAGGCGCAACACUCGAGCCUCGGUUAUUUUGUUAAUCUCGACGACGCCCAGGACCAGAAAGGGCGACUCAAAGACUUACCAAUUUCUCAUAGGCGGCGCGCCAGUGACAUCGCCAGUGAAAAGAGCUACUGCGAGUUUUUCAUCGAUCUGUCGAACAAGCCCGAGAAGAAGCCUCCUGAAAAAUUCGUUUGUCCUUUCGGUAAGAACGCCUCCAUGACCACGAGCCAACCCGGCGACAGCAAAAAGAACAUGUUCUCCAUGUUUAUUGAUCUUAGUGAGCCGGAAGGCGCGGCUGGUAUCGUGAAAUCGACUUCAUCCUCGAAACUCGCUGAUAGCGGCAGCGAACAGAAACAAACGAUCAUCGAGAAGAAAUCGAAACCCGGCGUAUUUAUGUUCAUAGAGUCGGAUUCGCCGCUCGUAAGGCGGCGCACUCUUUCUAGCUCACGUCCGGCCUUUAAACGUCACUCCUGGAACACCGACAAGAGCAACGAGCAUACACCCACGGCUUCCGAACAAUCGACGCCCACCGUACCCAAGAAGUCCCACAAGCGCGCCCAAAGUCUCUCGGUCGAGCGCAUCGGUGAGUUUCGUAAAAUCGUUGGUGACACACCGGCACGCGAUCCCGAGUACGAGCCCGGGGACACGCCACCCAAUUCGCACGUCCAAGUGAUCGACGAGGAGCUACUCCUAAGUCUAAAGAGUCGCAAUCAUCAAGAGCUCGAGGCCAUUAAGGAACAGGCGAUGAGCGAGUCACGUGCUAAGCCCAAUCAACGCGACGACUGUUACUCCGAAAACUCUGUGUGGGAAAAGACGCCGACCGAUAGCAGCGAGACUAACCGAACCCGCAAGAGCGAGACUUUCGACGUCAGUAGCAGCGCCAGCUGUACUUCUUCCACUAGUGAGAAUCUUGAGUUGAAGCACAAUGACUCCACGAGCACAACGCAACAGAUAGUUGCAGCGGGGGUAAAACCCAUCAAGAUUCACGAAGAUAAUAAUCGUCAACAUUUACGAAACAACGAGAGGCAAAUCAAAGCUAAUGCACCGAGGCUGGCGCCUAUAAACAACUUCGUCAAGCUGUCCGACUUGGAUAAAAGGCCACUUUCUAAUAGCAUAAGUUCAAGCACGAUCGAAGCUCCGAUCCGUGAAAGCCCAUAUCGUAUGAGCAAUAGCGUCACCGAGAUGUCGUGGAUCGAAAGCAAAUUGGUAAUGACGGCGAGAACGGUCGAACCCAUACACAGGACUUUUAAUAAAAAGCUCUCCUUUAAUACCACUAGCACUAGUGGACAAUCUAAAAUAGAAAUUUUCGAUGAGAUUAGCACCGAAGGCGAUUGCGAAGCUGUUGUUUCCGAAUCUGACAUAUCCAGCUUACAGAGCAGCGUCGGUCGUUCUGCACAUGAAGAAAGCACCGAGGAGACAGAGACUUCUACGAGCUUUGCAAUGGGAAAACCCUACAACAGGUUGGGAGAGGAUUUACUUAGAAUGUUUCUCGAGGAAAUCAAUCCCGAUGUGACAAUUGACGUUGCUGGUCGGCGUAUAAGGGCACACAAAUGCAUAUUAAGCUCUCGUUGUCAAUACUUUGCAGCUAUAUUAAGUGGGAGUUGGAUCGAAAGCACCGGAAAUAUUAUAUCGUUACAAGGAUAUUCAUACAAUGCGGUUCACUUUGCACUCUGUCACAUCUACAGCGGUGAAAGCUGCAUACCGGAUUCUAUAAGUAUCGUUGAAUUGGCUACAUUAGCGGAUAUGCUAUGCCUAGAGGGUCUGAAAGAAGUCAUAGGCUUUACAUUAAAAGUAAAAUAUUGCCAUUUAUUUCAUAAACCAUGCACUGGUUGCUCAGUGGGUGUAUUAGAAUGUAUGCCAUUGGCAGCCGCUUAUGGUUUAGACGAACUCUAUAGAAAAUCACUGAAAUGGGUAACACGUCAUUUUGUAAGAAUAUGGCCUUCCAAAGAAUUCGCAACCCUCCCUCGAGAAUUAAUGGAUAAAUGUUAUCAUCAACAUAUCGUUCACAUGUCGUUGGAUAAUAUAUUGCAAAGUAUAAUGGACUGUGACAAGCUAUUAACUACAUUACCCAAUGUUCGAUGGGCCGAGCCAGUUUUCCGAUUAGCUUCCAAUCUUCUAGACGCUUGUAUGAAAUACCUGACAGAUAAUUAUUCCGGUGUGCUUAAUAACGAGAACUUUCAAAGUCUCAAUCGAGAAUUAACUUGGAACAUUAGUCGCCUCGAAGAUCAUCUUCUGGCGGCUGCUGAACGAUUAUCACCCGAGCAAGCUUGCAAGGCUUACGCAAGACUCGAUAAAAUGCUAAAUUGCCAAUUAGCCGAUGAUGCUGAGUGUGCAAAGUCUAAAUGGAAUUCAUUGUUUAUGGAUUUGAUAAGUAAGAUGAGAAUUCAAGUGGAAAAAUCUCUAAUACGAGACGCAGCAAGAGCAUCGAGAACUAAUGCAUGGCUUAAAAUGGAUUUGGAUAUCCGUAAUCGUAUCCAAACUCUCGCUUGCCUCGUCAUAUUACCAAACGAGGCUCCCUCUAAGAGGCCAUCCAGGCACUCAAAUUUCUUAAAGGAUCCAAAACAAAGUCAGGAAUCAAAAACGCCUGUAAAUCGAACGCCACCGAGUAAAAAUUUUGAUUUACGUAGAAUGAAGAUGGCUAUCUCCGAACACAAUGAUAGAACAUUUAAGCAAACGCCACUUCUUCAAACAAGAAAAAUUAUGAAUAAACCAAAAACCGAUCCCUUAGAACGAAAAUUACAUAAUGAUAAGUUAAGCAAUGAUACGAGCGGUGUUUCGAGGCCCAAGUCCUGGCCAAAUAAAAUCGAAGUAAAAUCGAGAUACCUCGAGCCAAGAAAUAGAAUAGCAGCGAAGGAGUCUGCGGCACAACCAAAUCAAGAUAAAGUAUUAGGACAACAAAGAAAGAAAAUAAUGAUCUCAUCUUCGGAUUCAUCGCGAACUUCGAGUCCCGCGAUGAAGCGCGCAGCCGAAAAGAAAACAUUAACAAAAACCCUUAAUAAAGUUCCGAUAAAAAAGGAUGGUAAAGCUCUCUCUUACGAUAGUCUUACGGAGUCAAGUUCUCGUUUAAGCGUUAAGAAGGAUAUAUCGAGUAAAAGCUGUGGUAUCACAAGACCAGAGUCACCUUUGUUGAAAAUAAAAAAGGUUGAGUCUGGUUUAUCGAUCGACUCAUUGGCUGAUUCGAAAAAGAAGCCGCUAAUAAAGAAAACAAAUAGAAUGGACACUUCAAUGUCUACGGAUAGCUUAAUGACCGAUAUAACAUCGAUAACCACUCCCAGAUCCAUGAUUACAAACAAGUCGUCCCCGGUUUUAGGGAAAGUAGCUACAAAUCUGAGUCACAACCAAACGCAAAGUUAUGAAAAGUUAAAGAAAUCAUCACCUCCGUCUCAACAACGUAAUACCCCAUCCACGGCACGCAGGCCGGGUCGAUCCUUAGAAAACUCCACGGCAGCUAGUAGAAGUAGAGCUGCUGCUGUAAUAAAUACCUAUCAAGGCUCUCUCAAUCUGCGAAAGAGUCUUCUGGAUGCUGCAAAAGCACCCGACAUUCCAAGUAAGGCAUUAAAUAGCUCCACCAUGAUACGAACGAGCUUGCGUCAAAGUAUGCAUUCAAUGAAGUCGUCCUAUAUCGGUGCUUCCAUUAAAUCCGAAAAAUAUGAGAGGAAGGAUGAGACUGUUACUAACAAUCAGAGGUCUAGUUCUAGCCCCGCAACUAAAAGAUCACCAAAGUCUAACAUCGGUUCUAAGCUUAGUAAGUCAACGAUCGUGACAGCCAGCAAGCAGAAGCCAAAUAAGUUCCAAGAUAAGUCCUCCAAUAAACUCAAGUCCCAAACAACUGUCACAGCUGAUAAAGAAGGUCCCAAGUUCCUUAACCAAAGUUCAAGAUCAGGUACAUUUUUGAAAGACGAGCCAACGAUUUUAAACAAAUCGGAUAUUCAGACGGCAGCCAUCGACCUUUAAUCUAAAUGCCCGAUAAUAAUGUAUUUGUACAUUGCAUUAAUUAUGCUCUAUAGAACAUUAACCAUCCUUAUCAGUAACCUACAUAGAAUGUGUCACAUGUAUUUAAGAGAAUAUGGCAAUCUAAUCUAUUAUUAGAGGGCUGCUUGAUUGGUAAAUGAAUUUUUCAUAGAAAUUUCAUAGGGUAGCUGAUAAAAAGCAGCAUGGAUUUGUAAAUUUAAAUCACAAGGAAUUUCAAAUCGCUACUGAAACUCGUACUAAUAAUAAUUAUCAUAGUGAUGUUGAAGUUUUGUACACUAUUAUAUUGCAUUGAUUUUUAGUUCUUUAAGCUAA